AUGGGCGACGCGGCGGGGAUCGGCGCGCUGCUGGAACAGCUCGGUCUCGACAGCUUGGAUUUGCAGGAGGUGUUCAACCCGGGGGAGUUCGCCAAGGGAGCUCCAAAGUUCGAUCUGAAGCCAGGAGUGGCGAUGGACCUCAGGACGGGCUGGGACUUCUGGCUCGAGGAGCAGAGGAAGCGACUGAUGGAGUUGCUGAAGGCAAGCGGCAAGCGCGAUGAGGUCAAGUUUCAGAGGCUGCUCGCGGAGUGCAAGGUCUUCCUGGGCUUCUGUAUGGAGCUGGCGGCCUACCAGCAUUCGAGGGGGAAGUGGUUCCUGUUCGAGCACCCUUGGACGGCGUCAAGCUGGAAAGAGGAGUGCAUCAAGGGCAUCAGGGAGCUGCCCGGCGUCAUAGUGGUCAGGGGCAGCCAGUGUGUGUUCGGAGCCAAGUCAUACUGGCCGGACGGCUCGGAGGGCCUCGUGGCGAAGCCGACGGGCUGGAUGACGCAUAGCCGCGAGGUGGCGAAGCAAGUGGGGAUCGUGUGUGACGGCUCCCACGAGCAUGUGCACCUCCUGGAGAGGAGGGCGAAGGCGGCUGAGAGGUACCCCUUAGGGCUGGUGAAGGCAAUCCUGAAGGGCAUCAGGAACGAGCUGAAGAUCGGUAAAGGGAUCCAUGCGUUCGAAGUUGGUCAGACCGCGGAAGAGCCAGAGAUCCUGGACCAGGCGACCGAAGAGGAGAUGGCGACCUUCUACGACGGGAUCGGCGGUGCGGUGCUGGACCCAGUAGGCGUCAAGAACGCGCGCAUGGACGAGAUGGGCUACAUGAGCAGGCUCGGAGUGUUUGAGAGGAGAAAGAUUUCCGAGGCUCUGCAAGUGACGGGAACCAAGCCGCUUCCAAGCGGCUGGGUCGACACCAACAAGGGCGACGAUCAGAAACCAGAACUACGGAGUCGGUUGGUGGCGAAAGAGACGCGGAAGCUGAGCACCCUUGGGCCUAAGGACGCUGCGGCGACCUUCGCGGCGACCCCGCCGCUGGAGGGCCUGAGGAUGAUUCUGUCUAUGGCGAUGACAGGGCGGCAUGGAGAUCGAGUGCUGACCUUCAUCGAUAUCUCAAGAGCGCAUCUACACUCGGAGCUGCAAAGGCCGGUGUACUUGAAGGCGCCAGCGGAGGAUCUAGAGUGCAAGGAUGACGAGUGCUGGCUGCUGCUGAAGGCCAUGUAUGGGCUGAGAGAUGCCGGCUCAUCAUUCGACCUGAAGGUGGAGGACAUCAUGGUGAGGAUCCUGAAGUCGAAGCAGGGCGA